UCAUUACCUGGACUUUUCAAAUUGGCAACAAAAUUUGAUGAUGAGAUCGUUAGACAUAGUGCAACGGCUGCUUUAUCUCAUAUUGAUAAUCUCAAUAGGACUAGAAGUCGUCUUCAAUCCAGCGGCAUAGAUGAACAUAACCGAGCCUCAACUCCUCGUAAAAGGCAGGUUCGACAAGUAGAAAAUGUUAAACUUAAAAUGGGAAUACAAAUUGAAGAUGGACAAUUUAGAGCAAUGUUAUUAGAUUCUCAGAUUUUAGCUAGUAAAGAUUUUACAAAAUGGAAUUUAGAAAUAGCGAUGGAAUUACUACAAGGACCUUUAUUAAAUCCUAAAAGACUUGAAGAAGUCAUAAGAAUAAAAUUCAUCAAGCAGCUGAUUAGUUUCUUUCGGCCCAAUAAAAGACGGUUCUCAGAAGUUGAAAAAAGUCCGGAAAAUGAACGUUAUACUCAAUUAGGUUGUACUCUUAUAACUACUUUAUUAACAAAUCCUGAUGGCGUAAAAUUUUUGGAAGGAAAUAAAUUUUUAAGACAAAUUGCUGAUGGCCUUAACCAACUUGACCCAAUUAACGGAAGUUUUGAAGCUGAACCAUUUUUUUCAAAAGAAAGACUUAACGUUACAUUAACAUCAGGAUAUUUCAAAAUGCUUGGAGUUUUAAGCAAAUUCAGAGAUGGAGUCAAAUUAUUAGAAAAAUUCAAAAUAUUUAAUACAUUUUAUCAUCUAAGUGAAUUAAAAAGUCGCGAGGAUUUAAUUAAAGCAAUCAUCACAAAUUUAGAUUAUAGUCUAGAUGGACAUCCGCGUAUUCUUUUAUCUAAAGUUAUGACUUCAGGAUACAAACGUGUAAGAUUAUAUGCCACCAAACAUUUAGGUGUAAUUUUAAGAACGUCGGCCAAAAUGUUUAAUGAAUGGGGAAUACCAUUAUUGAUUACACAGCUUUACGAUCCGGCAAUGGAAGUUUGUCAAAUGGCAGUUCGUGUGCUGGAGGAAACGUGUAAUCAUAAAGAAAACAUAGAAUUACUUGUAAAGCUACGACCAAGUCUUGAUCAUUUAGGUGAAAUUGGGAAUCCAUUAUUAUUGAGAUUUCUGUCAACAUCGAUUGGGUUCAAAUAUCUUUAUGAAUUUGAUUAUGUUGAAAAAGAGAUGGAUGAAUGGUUUCAGAGUCGUAAUCAAUAUUAUGUAACACAAUUGGAAGUUUCUCUGGCAAAAUCAUUGAAUCUUGAUGGCGAUGACGGAAGAAACAGAAAAGAUGAGAAAGAUAUAAAACAAACAUUUAACGAAACAACUCCGCCACAUUUCUACGGAGAGUUGACCAAGACAGAAGAAGGAUGUCAAUUAUUGAGAGAGAAAGGACAUUUUUGUGAAUUUGCAAACUAUAUACGUGAACAUAAAAUGGAGAAUAAAGAUCGAUCAAUUAUCACAAAGCUAAAAUCAAUUCUGUGGGCAAUCGGCAAUAUUGGAUCGUCAAAGAGUGGCUUACAGUUUCUUGAAGAAGAAAAUAUUAUUACAAAUAUUAAAUCAAAGACUGCAUCAGGUGUUGAGAUUUUGGAGGAAUUAGAAUGGGAAAGUGUUUAUGAUCCAGAUACGGGAGUUGGUACAGGACUAUGUAUCCCAAUGAAUUCCCAAGCAUUUCUUUCGUUUCCUAAAUGGAAUUAUAAAGGUUUUUAUAAUCCAGCAGAUAAAUUAAUUAAACCACUAUCAUCAUCAAAUAAUCAAAUCGAAAGAGACUUAUUAAAAGCAAUGUCAAAUUUAACAAAUAGAAUAUUGUCAAGUACAGGAUCACGUGCUUUAGCAAA